GUCACUUGUUUACUUGAGUUGUAGUUUUCAAGAAAAUUAUAUUGGAUAGAAAAUAAGGAGUUACAAUUUCUGGUGUGACUAGUUUUGUCGAGUGCAGCUUAUCUUUUUUUUAUUUUAUUUUUAAGAAUUGAAUUUCUUGGUUUUAAUAAAUUGCAUUUUGAAAAAUAUUUAUCAUUAUCUUAAUUAAAAAAAACACAAGUAUUAGCGACUAAGAUUAUGGAAAUAAAUGGACAUCUUUCUUGUCAAUACCAUCAUAGUUCAAUAAACUUGUGCAAAGUUCAGAGAUGAGAACCUAAAGGUUUUAUUUUAUCUUGAAUAAGGUAUACACACAAAAACGAAGCAGCUGAUCAAAGAAAGUCACCAGACAUCAUAUCAAUCUUGCAUCCUAGAACUUGAGGAGACCGACACAGAAUGUUGUUCUUCAUCCUUGUCACGGUCCCAUCGAUUGUUAUCGUAUCACUUCAUUACCAUCACAUUGAUCGGCAACGUAAUGAGCAGCUUUCCGAUAUCAUUUUACAUUUGGACCAUAAUUCUUGGGCCAUUGUAAUAAAUAUUACAGAGAAAACCAUAGAGGCGUCUUUAGAGGCUGGUCUAGUAAAUACGACGGAAAGUGACUUUCACGCAACGGAAGAAUGUAUAUUUGUAGGCGAUUUUUUAGUUUUCUGUGGUCACAGAAAGAGUGUUGGAAAUACUUCACAUCUGUCAGUAUAUAUAAGCAACGCUUCUCAUUUGGUUUUAGAGUGUAGCGAGUUUAAAUCUUUUUCUCAAAACGCAUUUCUUGACCUUCAGUAUAUGUGUAUUGCUUUAAUAUCUUUUCUUUGUAUUUUUGUAGUUAUGAAUUUACCGAUAAUAAUGUUUGAUGAUUGUAGCCGCAGAAACACUAAUAUAAUUUCGGAAUGUAAAAAAAAUUCUUAUGUUGUAAAUAAGAAACUACCUACUUUGUUGCUAAAAUCUAUGAACAUCAAUUUUGACUUUAAAUAUGAAUGUAAAUACAGCUUACAAUCUGAUACUAAAGCUUUCUUAGGAGAUACAAAAUGCAACUUUUUAAAUAUUCGGGCCAAGUCGUUUGACUGGAUAUUCAAAUGGUCUAACCCGUUGAUGCGAACAGACCAUUUUGCAUUUCCGGUCACAUCGAUGUUCUCGCGAUUAAAUAGCUUUGCACCUUUGUUGAAUAUUGCCAGCAAAGCGCAAAAAAUAUUUUUCACUCGCUUGGCAAAUGCUGGUUUUAGAGUAGGUUUAAAAAAUUCAAACGUGGUUUGUGAAAGCUGUGAUCAGAAAUGGAGAAUAGACAAUUUUGAUGCACCUCCAGAGUCUCUAAAGUUUCAUAAGUGGAAUUGUACGUUUGCCUGCAGAGAUGUCGUGAAUGGAAAUAAACCCGACAUCAACGACCCCUUAGUUGAAGUGGAUGGACAACCUUUUUAUACAUGUCAGGAAUCUGAUGACAAGCACUUGACGGAACAGAAAUAUGAUACAGAACUAUUCGGUAGCUUGAAAGAGCUUCAAACUUUAUUGGAGCACAAAGAUGUUGUCCAUUGCGAUACACUCUAUGGCAAUACACUUAGUGGCGAUACAUUAAGUGGCGAUACAUUAAGUGGCGAUACACUCCAUGGCGAUACAUUAAGUGGCGAUACACUCCAUGGCGAUACAUUUAGUGGCGAUACACUCCAUGGCGAUACAUUUAGUGGCGAUACACUCCAUGGCGAUACAUUUAGUGGCGAUACACUACAUGGGGCUGUACAUAGUGGCUUGUCAAAAGACAAUUCACUAGUUAUAAACAAAACUAGUUCAUGGUCACUGUGUCCGAAUAGUUUCAUAUGUUAUGAUGAUACAUAUGCCAGUUACAGUAAACCUCCAGUCUUGGAAGAAGUAAGUUCUGAUGACUGCUGUUUGGACACUACGGUAUCAAACACAUCUUUUGACAGCGGGUACGACAGCACAUUGUUAAACGAAGAAGUAGCUGAGCCGUCAUCGUCUGCUGUAGAGGAAACAACUUCACCAAGCAACUCCCAGGGUAUCAUUCAGCCUGAUGUACAGCACUAUCAAGAUGCAUUGGGCAAUGAUUCAACUGAAUGUAACAAUAAUUCCAAUCACUUAAACUAUAUGAACAUGGUACAAUUAAGAAAACUUCUACGCAGAAACAUGAGAAGCCCUGAUUUGUUUAAACUGUUUCAACUGCUCAAGUUAUUGACAGUUAAAAUUACUCAGUCGUCUGAUAGUUCACGUGGACCACAUCAAGUGACCUGUGGUACCGGUAGCCUCAUUGACACACCAUGUCAAAUAACAACAAACGCGACUGGUUCGUUGUGUGGAAUCAUCUUUGUCGAAACUAGUCAUCAUUUGAUCGGUGAUGACAGCCAAGCGAAAUCAAGCAUCGUGGAGUUUUUUGUACACAGCCAAAUUAGAUCCAGACAAAUUAGAGGUGAAUCGAUCCAACCAGUUUCUGAAUUCAGCAAUGGCCCCGUGUAUUUAAAAUGUCUAACAGAAGAAAUAGAUCUUGUUCUUUACAUUAAUCAACUUCAGGAGGAGAUGAAGAAAUUAAUGCAAGAAAUAUCUGUUGACAGUGAGGAUAUUUUGAAAAUUAAUGCUUUUAUAAUAAGUUACCCGCAUGGAGGAGAGCAAGCCAUUUCAUACGGCCGUUCAGUCGUGGUGAAAUAUUUGUUAGGAAACAAUGUAUCAGAGGACAAAAAGGUGGAUUUUACACUACAGAAAGUAACAGACAUUCAAAAAGGAUUAGAGAAUAGAAGCUUGGUCCGUAAGAUGUUGAUGUACGCUGCAGAAACUUGCCCAGGUUGUAGCGGGGCACCUGUACUUACCUUCAGGACGCAGACGUCAAAAUUCUCUGGGCAUAAACGUUUGGUCAUGGAGAAGUGGAUGCACCAUGGGUACUUUAAAAACGAGGAUUUGAAUGUUUCCUAUUUGAAAGUCUGUACAGAUGAAGAGUUCAUGGACUGGGGAUGGACGUCAUGUCACACUGCGCAACAAACAGUCGCCCACGUACAACAGAUCACAACCAAUGAAACAGCUCCCACAAUGCACCAAGAAGUUAAUCCCCAAAGCGUCCUAGUGAAUAGCUCACAAGUGGCAGCUUCACUCUCAAACGAGCCGACAGUAUGUGCUGCCAACUUGGUUGAGCAUCCAUCUUAUCCAGUAUACAUUACAUUUGCACGAAGAUUACAGAGUUUUACACAUUGGACUCAUAGUAACAUACAUGCGCCAUCACAAUUAGCUGCAGCAGGGUUCUUCUAUGCUGGCUACAGGGACUGUGUCCGCUGCUUCCAAUGCGGCUUGGGUCUGCGGUCCUGGAAACCUGGAGAUGACGUAACGGAAGAGCACCAAAAGUACAGACCGUCAUGUUCUUUUCUUAAGACAUACCUAGAGAGCAGCACUGCAAGCAGACGACAGGACGAAAUACCGAUAAGUCACGGCAAUGAAAAUCAGAGCUUAUCAUCUGAAAAUUCUCCAAGAAGUGAUUCUUCUUAUCCAAGAAAACAUCUGGAACGUUUGAUCAGUAGCAUACAGGUGCCCCAGUCUACAGGGUCAUGCAAUGAAAUAUCCCAAGCUGAGAGAAGCAUUACCGAGACAUGCCAAGACAGCUCGAAUUCAACAAAUGUAGACGCAGUAAGUACCAGUGAACAAGAGGAGACAACUCUGGAAAUUCCACAAGUUCAAAAUAUAAAUUUGUCUUCUCCCCUUGGAGCUGAAAAUAAUACUCCAGCACUCUCAGUAUCAAGUCGAGUUGAUGUCACUGUACAGUUACUAAGAAAAGAGAAAGAAAUGCUAGAGACUUUAAUGAAGUGUAAAGAAUGUCAAGCCAACCCCAUCCAAGAGUUGUUUCUUCCAUGUGGGGACAUCUACGCCUGCAGCCAAUGUGUCAAUAAGUUCACUCAUUGCCCAACGUGUGGUCAUAGAAUCUUGGGUACAGUGACCACGUAUUUUGCGUAAAAAAAAAAGUGUUAAGUAACAUUUUAAAUAAUAACCAUUACACCCAAAGUGUAACAAUUAGCUAAAUCGUAAAUAAGAUUUAAGGGACACAAUCAGAGUUUCUAACGGUUACCAUAGGCUUCUAUAGUUUAUGUACUAAAUACAUGGGUAUGAAAAGAAAGAAGUCCUAAACAUUAAAAAUGAAACUAUUGAUAAAUAUUCCUAUCCCUUAAAUUUUUGUAAUGGAUGAUCAUAUGGUUUAAUAUUUAAAACCUACUAAAUGUAUGCAAAAGAAUGCUAAUUUUUUGGAAUAGCUUUUUUUAUAGCUAAAAUUUCAUGCUUAUAACAUGCUUGGAGUGCUAUGGUCCAAUCUGCAGCAUGCACUAUAGAGGAGAGGGACUAUCUGGCAGGUUUUCCGUGCAGCCUUUAGGUGCUCAUUAAACACAGCUCUACUCGAGUUGGGUGUCGAACCUCGAGCCCCCUGAUAGGUAUCCAGGGCCCUGUUCAAGCGUACUUAGCCUAUCGGCCACACAUCAUAUAAUCGCUUGUAUUGUACACAUCAAGCUCUGAGUUAAAGAAAUUGAAAUAAAGAAGGCCCAUAACUAGAUCAUCGACACUAAUGAAUACAAUGUAGUCCCUUGGACCCAUAUAUAACAUAUGUCAUCAAUAAUUACCACCUCUAAAAUAAAUUGUACUUUAAAUAAGAAUAAUUGGCUGCUCUAAAUAUAUUCUAUGCUUAUUAUCUAGUUAGAUAUUCACCAGUUAUAUUAGAAAUUUUAAUUAAAACAUACAAUCAUAUUUAAACAGGCCCCUAGUCCCACCAUCAUGUCCCCACACUUGAAUUAAAAGCCAAAAUUAGAUUUCUGAAGAUAAAAAAGAGUUUAAAAAAUCGAAAUUUCACGUCAUUGACACUUAUUAGCCCUUAUGCUACAUGAAAUUUUACGACAUUGACACUUAUUAGCCCUUAUGCUACAUGAAAUUUUACGACAUUGACACUUAUUAGCCCUUAUGCUACAUGAAAUUUUACGACAUUGACACUUAUUAGCCCUUAUGCUACAUGAAAUUUUACGACAUUGACACUUAUUAGCCCUUAUGCUACAUGAAAUUUUACGACAUUGACACUUAUUAGCCCUUAUGCUACAUGAAAUUUUACGACAUUGACACUUAUUAGCCCUUAUGCUACAUGAAAUUUUACGACAUUGACACUUAUUAGCCCUUAUGCUACAUGAAAUUUUACGACAUUGACACUUAUUAGCCCUUAUGCUACAUGAAAUUUUACGACAUUGACACUUAUUAGCCCUUAUGCUACAUGAAAUUUUACGACAUUGACACUUAUUAGCCCUUAUGCUACAUGAAAUUUUACGACAUUGACACUUAUUAGCCCUUAUGCUACAUGAAAUUUUACGACAUUGACACUUAUUAGCCCUUAUGCUACAUGAAAUUUUACGACAUUGACACUUAUUAGCCCUUAUGCUACAUGAAAUUUUAUGACAUAGACACUUCUCAUCACUUAUGUUUAUGCAGAGAUGCCUACAUGCCAAAAUGGAAAUGCGUAUUUCCAGACCUGGAAAUGCGUAUUUUGAGUGGCAAAUUCGUAUUUUCCCUAAAUAUUGAGAAAUAUAAUCAGAAAGACUAAAAAUCAUUUAAGCACGUAAUAUAAACGAAAUGCAGCAAUCCUAAAGAUAACACAGCAUAAAGUUAUAUAAGACAUUUUGUACAUUGGUCAAAAUGUGUACACUUUUGUCAUAGACUUUGUCAGAAUGAUGCCGUUCUUUUCAUUUGGCAAUGAUUUUAUGAUCAUAAUGCCUCUAGUGUAUUCCCCUUUCCAUAACAGCGGCAACAAAAUUUCAUUAAAAAGAAUGAGAAUUUUUGUUACAAGUGAAAUGAGACUUACACCAGAUGUAAUGGUUCGCUUGGCUGGAUCAGUGACAUCUAAUUCUAUAAAAAAAAAAAUUGUUUAUAGGCAAUUUCUUUAUAAGGUAUCCAGACCCUGGAAAUAUUUUAUCACAUUUUGAAAGAAUUCAGAUUUUCUUCUUUCACACCAAUCUUUGCAGAGUUAGCAAUGAAAGUUGUGGCAUUAUCUACAGUCACUAAUAACAAACAUUUUAAAGAUUUUUUUUUCCAUGCAGAUAAUAAAUCCUAAUUAGUCAUUGAACUUGUUUCUAAUAUAAAAGAGAUCUAAAUCUAAAAUAAUCUAGAUCUAUUUAGAUCUAGAUUUUAAUUCUAAAUCUAGAUUUACGUCAAUUCUAUUAUAGGUGCCUGACAUCGUAAAAUAUCUCUAGUUCUAGAUCUAGUCUAGAUGACUUAGAACUAAUCAAUCAAUUCCCAAUCAGUUUGAAGACUUUAUAUAAAUGAACACUCUGAAGAAACUUUGCUCUAUUUAAAGCAGUAAAAUCUAGGAAACAUUUGAAUCUUCGCGCGCGCUAACGCGCGCGAAAAAAAAAAGUGAUACUAUCUCGUGGUAGAUCUAAUAAGAAUAGCCAAUGGCUCAUUGACGCACUGAUCUAUAUAAUUAUUUUUUUAUUUCGAGGGGAAAAUGCGUAUUUUCAGAUUAUAAACCAUACUCGCGUAUUUUCGUGUCCAUUAGCGUACAAAAUACGCAAGAUGCAUACUUGUAGGCAAUUCUGGUUUCUGUAAACGUGUGAGGUACAAAUUGUGCUGGUCACAUGAUAUCCUCGUAAACAAAACGUACACCAUCAAGUGUUAGCCAUCAUUGACUCACUUAACUUAACUUUGCUUUAAUGUAUUUUAUUAUUAGCAUGCUCAAAUAUGAUUUUCCUAAAAUGUCUUCUCAAUAAAAAGAUGGCCUCAUGUUUA